AUGGGCGCCACUAUCCCAGCCCGGAUCCAGCCAGGUUCUAUUGAUCAUGUCCCCUUCCCAACAGUUGUACCUUGUUUUGGGGCAUCUUUGGCUUUACGAGAGAAAGCCCGCCGGAGAAAAAAGUCUUUCUCUUCCCGUCUCGGAUCAUAUUCCGGUGCGUCCACAGAAGAGGAAAUCGCAAUGCAUCUUGCUCAGCAGGCGUAG